CAAAAUUAACAAGGCAGUGUUGCUUUUUCCAGUCGAAGCCUAGGGCAUGGCAGGACCAGGUGUGGCUCUGCGUUUGCAUGAGUUCAAGGUCAGAUACGGAUCCAACCAGUUUGACAGGUUGCCAGGGAUUACAACAAAGGUACCACGUCAAGGGACUGAUGUGCGUGGGCUCUACCACGGACAGCUGGGCAGAAUGCACGUUGUUCCCUCGAAGCAACACAGAGUGAGGUUUGCAUCCCUGGACUACCCUCUGGGCUCUCACGGUGGGAAUCAUGAUGACCACCAGAGAGGGUUUGACCUCCAGACCUUCCGUGCCUUGGACGCACUCCGCCACAGCGCUUGUGCCUCGGAGAAACGCCCCCCUGAGACAGCUUACCAAGAAGAGUUUGGCCUGCAGUCCACCCUCUUGGCACCGGAGAACACCAAAUUCACCCUUUACGCUCAUCCUGGGCCUAUGCAGCUGUGGUCAGACAACUUGGAGCGCCGUUUUUGAUGCAUCUAAGCAUGACUAUGAGUGUUACUGUAAGAGUUAAAAACGCUUUUUCAAUGGAUUCCAUUCCUAAAAUAGUGGAGCAAAAAUGCAGCUUGAAGACUAGGCUUCAACCCAGACUGGUUUGUCUUGAAGGAACAUUGACCCUGUGACCGUUGUGACUGUUGCAUGAUUUUUUUCUUGGUUGAUUCUAAAUGUUUAAUAUUCAACAUUAUAUUGUUGAACAGUUUUUUUUUUUCUUCUAUUUGUCAUCUCCUUUCCUUUCUACUCUGGAACAGCUGGAGGCUCAAAGCAAGAUCCUUACUGUGUUUCACCUCUAGGUGGUGUGAAACUCAGUAUGCCAGAGAUAAUCCCAAACUGUCACAUUGUACCACAAUGAUCAUUACAUUACAUUACAUUAAAAUGAACAAUCUUCUGGUGUUCUAGCUACCUAAAUUCUCUCUCACCUCUUCCAUGUCACUUCCCCCUCCUUUUUAACAUAUUUUACGUUUGAUCGUUUUAAUCAUUCUAAAAUGCUUCUUUCAUUGCUGUAUAAGUUACUUCACUGUGCUUUAUUUGUUAAUAUAUCUGAACAAUUAAUACACCAUAUAAUAAAAACAAUGUUCUCUUGUU